CCGCCGCGAUGGCAACCGAGGUGGUGUGCGGGCUCACCUUCCGACUGCUCCUGCCCGUGUGUCUCACUGCCGCCUGUGCUUUCCGUUACAAUGGGCUCUCCUUUGUCUACCUCAUCUACCUCCUGCUCAUUCCUCUGUUUUCAGAACCCACAAAAACAACAAUGCAAGGGCAUACAGGACGAUUAUUAAAAUCUCUGUGCUUCACCAGUCUAUCAUUUCUGCUGCUGCACAUCAUCUUUCAGAUUACAAUAAACAGUCUCGAAGCUGGAAAAACUAUUGAACCUGGUUUUAACUGUUCAACAUGGGAGAAAACAUUACGGCAGAUUGGUUUUGAAAGUGUGAAAGGAGCAGAUGCUGGGAACGUGAUCAGACUCUUUGUACCAGAUAUUGGGAUGUUCAUUGCUAGUCUGACAAUAUGGCUCCUCUGCCGCAACAUGUUUCAGAAGCCAGUAACCGAGGAUGCAGCACAGUGCAACAUGCAAUUUGAAAAUGAGGAAAUGGCUGCAAGAGAAAAAUUAGAGCCAGAUGACGCUUUGAUGUAUGAAGAAGAUCUGGAUGACGAAGAUUGUGGAGAAGCAGAAUUUGAGGAAACCAUGAAAUUAAAACUGCUGCGUAGAAUUGCCUCCCUAGCAUCCAGACUGAGGGAGUUUAUUGGCAACAUGAUAAUCACCACUGGAAAAGUUGUUGUUACAAUUUUACUUGGUUCAGCAGGUAUGAUGGUGCCAUCUUUGACCUCAGCUGUGUAUUUCUUUGUAUUUUUGGGCCUGUGCACAUGGUGGUCCUGUUGCCAAGCAUUUGAUCCGCUGAUAUUCAGCUGUCUGUGUGUAUUAAUGGCUAUAUUCAGUGCAGGACACUUGAUUGGACUUUACCUGUACCAGCUACAGUUCUUUCAGGAGGUUGUUCCACCAAAAGAUUUCUAUGCCAGGUUGUUCGGUGUCACUUCUCUUACUCAGACAAACUGCUCAAGCACUUGGAUGAUCAUCAAAAAUCAAGACUUACAUUGGUAUCAUCAUGCUAAUCCAAUCUUACUGCUGGUGAUGUACUACACCCUUGCAACUCUUAUUCGUCUCUGGCUACAAGAGCCCAUUCAGAUGCCUGAUGAAGAGAAAUCUAUUAGCAGGGAAGAUGACAAAGAAAUACCCUGCAGUCCAAUUCCAAUGACAGCGGAGAGAAGGCGCAGUCUGUGGUAUGCAAGCCACUAUACAACUGAUGAGAGAAAACUUCUGUCAAUGACCCAAGAUGAAUACAAGCCAUCGGAUGUGCUGCUGGUAACAGUGAACGGGAACCCUACUGACUAUCACACCAUCCACCCUGCACUGCCAUUAGAAAAUGGUCCGGCCAAAGCAGACAUGUACUCAACACCGCAGUACAAAUGGGAGCCUUCAGAUGACAUGUCAGAAAAGGAAGAAGAGGUGGAGGAGGAAGAAGAAGAGGAAGUUACGCAGGAGGAAAAAGAAAAUGUUAAAUUACAUGCCCUGGUCUCUGUGUUCCAGUUUAUCAUGAAACAAAGUUACAUUUGUGCUCUGAUAGCUAUGAUGGCAUGGAGUAUCACGUAUCACAGCUGGUUGACUUUUGUGUUACUCAUCUGGUCUUGCACAUUGUGGAUGAUUCGGGACCGAAGGAAAUACGCCAUGAUCAGUUCACCAUUCAUGGUUUUUUAUGGAAAUUUAUUGCUAAUAUUACAGUACAUAUGGAGUAUUGAGCUCAAGAAUGAUGAGCUUCCUCAAGUAUCCGGUUUUUUAAAAAGAAAGGAACCUGGGGAGCUGGCAUCAAAGAUUCUUUUCACAAUUACUUUCUGGCUACUGCUUAGGCAACACCUCACUGAACAGAAAGCAAUUCGGCUAAAAGAAGCUACUUUAUCUGAGGUCAAAGUUGGAAGUGAAGAAAAUGAAGAAAAAGAAGAGGAGUUGCAAGAGGGAGAAGUGUCGGAAGAACAGGAGGAGGAGAAGGAAGAAGAAGAGGAGGAAGAAGAGGAGGAUGAUGAACAGGAUAUUAUGAAAGUCUUGGGGAAGCUGGUGAUGGCUAUGUUAAUCAAGUACUGGAUUUACGUCUGUGGGGGCAUGUUCUUCUUUGUCAGCUUUGAGGGUACAAUUGUCAUGUACAAAAUCAUCUAUAUGGUACUGUUCCUCUUCUGUGUGGCCCUCUAUCAGGUGCACUAUGAAUGGUGGAGAAAGAUUUUAAAGUACUUUUGGAUGUCAGUGGUAGUUUACACGAUGUUGGUACUUAUCUUCAUCUACACAUACCAGUUUGAGUCAUUCCCUGGGUUGUGGAAGAACAUGACAGGCCUGGAUGAAGAAAAGCUAGAGGACCUUGGCUUAAAACAGUUUUCUGUGGGUGAUCUAUUCACACGCAUCUUUAUCCCCACCUCCUUCCUACUGGUGUGUAUCUUACACCUUCACUAUUUCCAUGAUCAGUUUCUCCAGCUCACUGAUUUAAAAGCUGUAACCAGCAAACAGGACAACACUAUUUACAGCCAUGCCAAAGUCAAUGGCCGUGUAUAUCUAAUAAUUAAUAGCCUCAAGAAAAAAAUACCAAACCACCAAAAUGAACUGGUGCACCAAGAUGGAAGCCUGCCUGACAUAACUAUGAUGAAUUUAACAGCCAGCAAAGAAAAGGAAGAGGAUAAAAUGCUGGAAGAAGCUGGUGAGAAAAGAAUGGAAGAGCCAGAAGGGGAGGGAGGGAAAGGGAGAGUCAAAAAAGGAAAAGAAGAAAAGGAAGAUGAGGACAAGGAAGAUGAUUCUGAUGAUGAAGACAAUGAAUCAGAGGAAGAAGAAACUACAGACUUAAGAAACAAGUGGCAUCUAGUGAUUGACCGCCUUACAGUGCUGUUUUUGAAAUUCCUGGAGUAUUUUCAUAAGAUGCAAGUCUUCGUGUGGUGGCUGUUGGAGCUGCACAUCAUCAAAAUUGUUUCCUCUUACAUCAUCUGGGUCACAGUGAAAGAGGUGUCUCUCUUUAACUUUGUGUUUUUGAUUGCCUGGGCUCUUGCUUUGCCAUAUGCUCAGUUUCGCCCCCUGGCAUCAAGUAUCUGCACUGUCUGGACAUGUGUGAUUAUUGUCUGCAAAAUGUUGUACCAACUCUCAUCUAUCGAUCCCAAAACUUUUUCCAGUAACUGUACAUUGCCAGGAGAGAAUGAAACUAAGGUCGAUUUAGAAGAACUCAAAACCUCAGUGCUCUACAGUGGGCCAGUUGAUCCUGCAGAGUGGGUUGGAUUGAGAAAGUCUUAUCCCCUUCUUGUGUACUUAAGGAAUAACUUACUGAUGCUGGCUAUUUUGGCUUUCGAAGUUACAAUCUACCGUCAUCAAGAAUACUACAGAUGUCGAAAUAACCUUACUGCACCUGUGACUAAAACAAUUUUUCAUGAUAUUACAAGAGCACAUCUGGAUGAUGGAGUGGUAAACUGUGUCAAGUAUUUCAUAAACUACUUCUUCUACAAGUUUGGUUUGGAGACCUGUUUUCUUCUAUCAGUGAAUGUAAUUGGUCAAAGGAUGGAUUUUUAUGCCAUGAUUCAUGCCUUCUGGCUGAUUGCUGUAUUGUAUCGACGCAGAAGAAAAGCUAUUGCAGAGAUCUGGCCAAAAUACUGCUGUUUUCUGUCAUGCAUCAUUACAUUCCAGUACUUCCUUUGCAUUGGCAUCCCACCUGCUCCUUGUAAAGACUAUCCAUGGAGAAGUGGUAAUGCCAACUUCAACUCCAACAUCAUAAAGUGGUUAUACUUUCCAGACUUCAUUGUGAGACCAAACCCUGUCUUCCUUGUGUAUGAUUUCAUGUUGCUGCUGUGUGCAUCCUUGCAAAGGCAGACAUUUGAGGAUGAAAAUAAAGCUGCAGUACGAAUCAUGGCUGGAGACAAUGUGGAAAUUUGCAUGAAUCUUGAUGCGGCAUCUUUUAGCCAGCAUAAUCCCGUUCCUGACUUCAUUCACUGCCGGUCCUACUUAGACAUGUAUAAGGUGAUAAUAUUUAGUUACCUCUUCUGGUUUGUACUUACUAUAAUCUUCAUAACGGGAACCACAAGGAUCAGCAUAUUCUGUAUGGGCUACUUGGUGGCCUGCUUUUAUUUCCUUCUCUUUGGUGGAGAUCUGUUGCUGAAGCCCAUCAGGAGCAUUCUGCGUUACUGGGACUGGCUGAUUGCCUACAACGUCUUUGUGAUCACAAUGAAAAACAUCCUGUCGAUAGGAGCAUGUGGCUACAUUGAAUCAUUAAUUAAGAAUAGUUGCUGGGUCAUUCAGGCAUUCAGCCUGGCUUGUACAGUUAAAGGAUACCGUAUUCCAACCAGCAAUCUAGAUUGUAAACUUCCCAGUGGAGAAGCAGGAAUCAUUUGGGACAGUAUAUGUUUUGCUUUCCUGCUGCUGCAAAGAAGAGUGUUCAUGAGUUACUACUUCCUGCAUGUGGUUGCAGAUAUAAAAGCUUCUCAGAUCCUGGCAUCAAGGGGUGCUGAGCUGUUUCAGGCUACAAUUGUCAAGGCUGUAAAGGCAAGAAUAGAAGAGGAAAAAAAAUCAAUGGAUCAACUGAAGAGACAAAUGGAUCGCAUCAAAGCCAGGCAGCAAAAAUACAAGAAGGGUAAAGAGAGAAUGCUAAGCAUGAACCAGGAGUCCUCAGAGGGGCCGGAGAUUCGGAAGGUUUCUGAAGAAGAUGACGAAGGAGAAGCAGACAAAGAGAAAGCCAAGGGCAAAAAAAAGCUGUGGUGGCGGCCUUGGGUUGAUCAUGCUUCCAUGGUCAGAAGUGGAAAUUAUUAUUUGUUUGAGACGGAUAGUGAAGAGGAAGAGGAAGAGGAGAAAAAGGAAGAGGAGGAGCCUCGAAAAAAAUCCGCAUUUCAGUUUGUUUAUCAAGCCUGGAUUACUGACCCUAAAACAGCUCUACGACAGAGGCGCAAAGAGAAGAAAAGUUUUGGGAAAGAGAAACGAAGGCGAAAGGGGUCUGGGGAUGGAGGUGGCACUGAUGCCGACUGUGAAGACAGUGAAGAGGAACCUGUCAAGAAGAAAUCUGAUGGACCAGAUAACAUCAUCAAGAGGAUAUUUAAUAUCUUGAAGUUUACUUGGGUCCUUUUCCUAGCAACACUAGACAGUUUUACAGCUUGGCUUAAUUCCAUCUCAAGAGAACACAUCGAUAUCUCCACUGUGCUAAGAAUUGAGCGCUGUAUGCUGACCAGGGAGAUUAAGAAGGGAAAUGUUCCAACACGGGAGAGCAUCCAUUUGUAUUACCAGAACCACAUGAUGAAACUUUCUGAGGAGUCAGGACUGGACUCAAUUGAUAAAAAUCCCAGUCAAGCUUCUGGUUUGCAAGCAUCUGAAAGAAUGGAUAGCUUAGAUUCAGCAGCUUCUCGUGACAGUAUCUCCAGUGAACCUACGCAGGUCACCAUGCUCUAUUCUCGUCAGGGAACAACAGAAACCAUUGAGGAGGUAGAAGGGGAGCAUGAAGAGGAAGGAGCUCAUUCUGCAUCAAAGUUGGAGGAAGAAGAGGUGGAAGAUUAUAGCCUAGAUUCAGAAGGAGCUGCCUACACUCCUGAUACCGAUGUGCCAUUGUACUCCACGGUGGACAGUAAUGCAGAAGCUCCACCUUCCUAUAGCAAAGCUGUCAGCUUUGAACAUCUUCCCUUUGGGUCCCCAGAUGACUCAGCUGGUAAGAGUCUCAUGAUGGUGAGCCCAGAUGACAGCCGGACGGACAAACUUGAUACCAUUCUCCCCCCACUGACGCAUGAGCUAACAGCUAGCGAGCUGCUUCUGAACAAGAUGUUUCAUGAUGAUGAGCUGGAGGAGUCAGAGAAGUUUUAUGUUGGUCAGCCUCGAGUCUUGCUCCUUAUUUAUGCCCUGUACAAUACGCUGGUGGCCCGGUCUGAAAUGGUGUGCUAUUUUGUGAUCAUCCUUAACCACAUGAUCUCUGCCUCCAUGAUAACCCUGGUACUUCCAAUCCUUAUAUUCCUGUGGGCCAUGCUGUCUGUUCCUCGACCAAGCAAACGUUUCUGGAUGACAGCCAUUGUCUAUACUGAGGUGGCCAUUGUCAUCAAGUACUUCUUCCAGUUUGGCUUCUUUCCUUGGAAUAAACAUGUGGAUUAUACAAAAGAUAAACCUUACCAUCCACCCAAUAUUAUUGGCAUUGAGAAGAAAGAGGGUUACGUGCACUAUGAUCUUGUUCAGCUUCUUGCUUUGUUCUUCCACAGAUCCAUUUUAAAGUGCCAUGGACUGUGGGAUGAAGAUGAGAAAGGAGACAGCUCCAGUAAUAAAGAGGAUACCGAUGAUGAGCUCUCUCUGACAGGAGGCAGGAGAGACUCUUCUGCCUCAUUGAAAUCUGUCAAUCUUGCUGCAUCAGUGGAGUCCAUCCAUGUCCACUUCCCUGAGCAACAGACUGCCAUCAGGAGGAAGAGCUCUAGCAGCAUAUCACAGCUUUCACACAGGUCCAGCUUCUCCUCACACAGAUCUAAGAGAGGAAGUACCAGUACACGGAACAGCAGUCAGAAAGGAAGCAGCGUGUUAAGCAUCAAGCAAAAAUCCAGAAAAGAGCUUCUUAUGGAAAAGUUUAGAGAACAAAUGAUCAAAGCCAAGGCCUUUACAAUUAAAAAGACUCUCCAGGUGUAUGUGCCCAUCAGACAGUUUUUCUACAAUCUUAUUCAUCCAGACUACAGUGCAGUGACUGAUGUGUAUGUGCUGAUGUUCCUCGCAGACACAGUGGACUUCAUCAUCAUUGUGUUUGGAUUUUGGGCUUUUGGGAAACACUCUGCUGCCGCAGAUAUCACCUCUUCAUUAUCAGAGGACCAGGUCCCGGAGGCAUUUUUGGUGAUGGUGCUCAUUCAGUUUGGUACCAUGGUGGUAGAUCGAGCACUGUACCUCAAAAAGACUGUCAUGGGAAAGGUCAUCUUCCAGGUCAUCCUUGUUUUCGGAAUACAUUUCUGGAUGUUCUUUAUCUUGCCUGGAGUGACAGAAAGGAAAUUUAGCCAGAACACGGUUGCCCAGCUCUGGUAUUUUGUGAAAUGUGUUUAUUUUGGCUUAUCAGCAUAUCAGAUACGCUGUGGAUAUCCAACUCGUGUUCUUGGUAACUUUCUCACAAAAAGUUAUAACUAUGUCAACCUGUUCUUAUUUCAAGGGUUCCGCCUAGUUCCAUUUUUGACUGAGCUGAGAGCAGUAAUGGACUGGGUUUGGACCGAUACCACUCUCAGUCUUUCCAGCUGGAUCUGUGUUGAAGAUAUCUAUGCCCAUAUAUUCAUCCUGAAGUGUUGGCGAGAGUCAGAAAAAAGAUAUCCCCAACCAAGAGGCCAGAAGAAAAAGAAAGUUGUGAAGUAUGGAAUGGGUGGCAUGAUUAUCGUCUUGCUGAUUUGUAUUGUCUGGUUCCCACUGCUCUUCAUGUCUUUAAUCAAAUCUGUUGCAGGCAUCACCAACAAGCCUCUAGAUGUAUCAAUCACAAUAACUCUAGGAGGUUAUCAGCCUAUUUUCACAAUGAGUGCUCAACAGAGUCAGCUCGAGGAUUUCAAUCAGACUCGUUUCAAUAUGCUUCUGGCAGGCUAUAGGGGUAACACUGCUGCCUUGCAGUUUCUAGAGGGCUAUGGAAAAGAAGAUAUAACUUUAGCAGAUCUAGAAGGAAAUUCAAAUUCUUUAUGGACCAUCAGCCCUCCCAGUAGACAGAAAAUGAUAGAAGGACUGAAGGAUUUUUCAUCUGAGUUCACUGUAGUUCUUUCGUGGACCAUUCAGAGAAAUCUCACCCUUGGUGCCAAAGCUGAAAUAGCAUCAGAUAAACUUACCUUUAAACUACAAAACAAAACCAGAACAGAUAUUGCUACAAUGAUGUCUGGAGAGCAACUGAAAAAGGUAACAUUGGAGGAAGUGUAUCCAUACUACAUCAAGGCUCCUAGUGAUUCUCUGGCAAAACCCAUAAAGCAACUAUUGAAAGACUGCAAAUGGAAAAAUAUCACAGUUUCCCUGGUCAAAAACAAUGAGUCUGGUGAGGGAGUUCGUGAGUGGUGGGUUUUGAAUCAGCUUGGAAAAACAUUCAAAACAUCUGGAGAUAGUCUUGAACUCAUCAUAUUCAGUGAUAAAGUCAGUCCUCCAAGCCUUGGAUUUUUGGCUGGUUAUGGCAUUAUGGGACUAUACGCCUCAGUUGUCCUGGUGAUAGGAAAGUUUGUCCGUGAAUUUUUCAGUGGGAUCUCUCACUCCAUCAUGUUUGAGGAGCUACCCAAUGUAGACCGAAUCUUGAAGUUGUGUACUGACAUUUUCUUAGUGCGAGAGACUGGAGAACUGGAACUAGAAGAAGACCUGUAUGCCAAACUAAUAUUCCUGUAUCGCUCACCAGAGACCAUGAUCAAGUGGACUAGGGAAAAAACUAAUUGAUCUCUUUGGUGUCACACUGCAAAUCAAGUUGAUUUAAUCUGAAUUUUAAAGGAAAAAGAAAAAAAGCACAAUAUUCUCUUAAGAGCUAAGCCUUUUAUAGUUGGGUAGCAAUGAUUUUUCACCGAAGGAAUCCUGGAAGCUACGGCCUUAGGAAUCCAUGCUGCCUUUCGAAUUAAGGAUCAACAGUGAGGAAGGUUGAAUGAUUUGUUGGUUUUAAUGUGCCACUCCUCUACAACCUGGGGACUGCUUUGUAAUUUAAUCAACAAAAAGUUUGCAUCUUUGUCUGGCUAAUUUAAUUUUCCAGAUGACCCUUACAACUUCAAAAGAAAUGAAGGGAGUGAAUCCACAGAUGACUCCAGUGUACCUUCUUAACCCUUUCUGGAGCCAUACGAUUUGGAUUGUGCAAUAUGCUGUUGUACAUCACUGACUUUCAACCUACAGUAAUGGGACACUGACUAGCCUUCAGGACACCCAAGACCCAGGGCCGCAGUGGGAUCUGAAGACAUUCUAGCCAUACCCAUUUGUAGAAAAGCAGAGGUUGUGAUGUACAAAGGACACUGUGGACAAGCCUCUGUUAGCAAAAAGAAAAUAAGUAACAAUCUGUUUAAAUGCCUUAUUUUAUUUGUACAGUCACAGGAGACAUUUCCACCAAACAUCAAUGACUUUUCUCAGGAAAAAAAAGCAACUGAAAACUUGACACUUUGUCAAGACUAACUAAUGGCUAGAAUAAUUAUGGUGAAUUAUUGGGGUGUUCUGCUGGGCCAUUCUCUUCAAAGUUACUGCUUUCCAUUAGAUGAGAAAAGAAAGUGAAUUCAAUGACCUAAUGAGCAACUUCAUUUCUUAUAACCCUUUAAAGACUGAAUAAUGUGUGCUUCUCUCUGCUUCUCAUGACAUGCUUUUUCCCAUUUCGAUGAUGUAAGGCAACUGUUGUUUUGCUGUUAGCUGAUAUUCUUCUUCGAGUGUUUCAGGUAUAUGAAAAUGUUUACAUAUUCCAAGUCACAUUUUUACAUCCGAGACGGGUUUUUUUUUUUAGGUUCCCAAAUAUAGACAUAUGAGCUUGAAAAAUGGCCUUUUUCGUAAAUUGCUCUUCUUAGUGACACAAAUGGCUCAUUAGAGAACAUUGUAGCAUGAAAAUUUACAAUUGCAGUGUAGGUUUCAUUCCAUGUUAAAAAUAUAUUGAGAAAAAAAAUCACUGAGUGGGUAGGGUAUGUUAAAAAGGUAUACUGUGUAGUUUUGAUUCAGUAAUGACUUAAAAUAAAGCACAUGUUGCAAAGUCAUUUUAGAAGUAUUUUUCCUCUGCCUUUUUACAUGAAAUGGGAAGAGUUUGACAUUCUUCUAACUCUGUGACAAAUAAAUCUUUCCUGUAGUUAGCUGCUAUUUAUUAUAUGAAUGAUUAGUUAAUCACCAGAAAGAAACUAAAAUUAACAUAAUUUGCUGGCACAUUGUACUGCAGAACUUCAUAAAACAGCACAACUAAAUGAAGUUGAAACAUACUCUGCCGAGUGCUUCCAUGACAAAUGCUGUCUCAUCCAUUCUAUACUGUGAAAAGUAACAUUUUGAGCACCUUGAAGUGCACAAAAUAAAAAUAGCUUCAUGAUAUUGUAACAAUAAAAUAAUUUGGUGACUGGAACUCACUGGAAGACAACCAGAUUUCCUCCAAAGUGUAAUGGAAAGGUAGCUGCUCAUACAGCCAGGCAGCAUUUCCCCCUGGAGAGUUUUGCUCCAUUUCUUCUAUAGGUCCUGUGAAUGAAAAUCAAAAUAUAAAGGGCAGCCCUGACAUGGCCUCCAGGGAUGUUAAAAUGUCCUUUAUGCUUGGAUGGAUCCUCACCUGGGUGUUCAGUGAUUUUAAGGAAAGCAACACUGGAAGGAGAAGUGUGAAGGGUGUAAUGUAUUUCUAAAGGUACCAGACAGCAGAACCACACUGGCCACAGUUGGUCCUGGCUCCCUUCCUGGUUCCUUCUCUUUAACAGGCACUUCCUUUCUGGUGAGAAAAAAUACGUCUUUGGAAUGAGCUGUAGUUCUUUGGGCUUUGCAGAAAUGUGCUGCUCUUUCUUUCAUGGAUUGAUCAACCUUUGAAAAUAAAAGGAUUCUUCUGUUGGG